AUGCCAGCGGUUUUCUUCUUCAUCCUGCUCGUCGGUGGAAUCUCAAUGGACGAGGCACGCGACGGCGGAUGGAUUGACCCCGCGAUGGAACCUGCCACAGUCACGGAUCUGGUCAGUCUUUUUGAUUUCUCUCUGGUGCAUUGGAGCGAAUUACCGAAGCAAUUUGGCACCUGGGUCAGCAUGGUUUUCAUUGUGGCGUUUGGGUCCUGUUUGGAUAUCGCUGCUAUCGAGCUCGACAUGGACAAGAAACUCGACUUCAAUCAGGAGCUCAACACUGUCGGCUGGUCCAAUGUGGUGAGUGGUCUACUGGGUGGAUGCACGGGUUCCUACAUCUUCUCGCAGACCAUCUUUACGUACCGUUCGAAGACCAACUCACGAAUUGUCGGCGUGUGCGUGAUCAUCGCUGAGUCUGCUAUUAUGGUCGCGCCCAUUUCCGUCAUGAGCUACGUGCCACGGUUUUUCUUUGCAGCGACGCUCAUCUUCAUCGCCAUCGACCUCCUGAUUGAGUGGCUCGUGUUGGCACACAAGCAGAUGUCGCGGCUCGAAUAUGCUGUUCUGUGGGUGACUUUCAUUUGCGUGAACCUCGUGUCUCUUGAAAUGGGCAUAGCCAUCGGUGCCGGCGCUGCAAUUUUAAACUUCUUGUUUGGCUUCAUUCGCCUGCCUUACUGGAUCAGAAGAGCAAUGCUAUCGCAAAGCGGUGUAUAUUCGCAAGCCGGAAGUAGAUGA